AUGAACACGCAAUUGAAAGAGUUCCAGGACCAUUUGUUGAAAUGCAAAAAAAUCGUUGCAUUGGUAGGAGCUGGACUCCUGGCAUCAUCGGGUUUGCCGGUUUUUCGUGGGUCUCAAGGGUUAUGGAAAAACUAUAAUAUGAUCGAUUUAGCCACUCCAGAUGCAUUUUAUGUUGACCCUGGAUUGGUGUGGCAGUUUUAUUCGUGGCGACGGUAUGCUGCAUUACAAGCAAAGCCUAAUAGGGGCCAUUUGGCACUUGCAAAGUUGUCAAAACUAUGUCGGUCCAAUGGAACCUCGAACAGAGGUGAGAGCGAAAAUAAGGGAGACGAUAAGAAUAUCAUGAACGAGUGCAAAGAACAAGAACAAGACCGCGACAGGGGCCAGAUAAAUAGUCCGAGUUUUAAGUUUGUCACAAUAACGCAGAAUGUCGAUGGGUUAUCUAGUCGGAGUGAGCAUGAUUUGCAAAGCUUGUAUGAAAUCCACGGGAGUUUGUUUACUUUGAAAUGCACAAGUUUUAUGUGUAAUUAUGUUGAGAAAAACAAUUUCAAACAGCCUUUGACCAAGGCUCUAAAAGACACCGAAUUUGAGUAUAAGAGGCUGAAUCGAAAACGCAGCAGAGAAGAGGAGGAACUUGGGAGAAUAGAUCAACAACAGGAUAAAGAGAAUAAAGAGAAUGAAGUUGGUGACAAUGCAAUACAUGCGGCAUCAGUUAUUACUUCUCUUGCUGACAAUAUGGAUGUUAUGUCAUCGACAUCAGCUUCGCUUUCUCCACAAUUUUUGCCUGUGAAAACCAUUUCAGAGAAGGAUUUACCACGAUGUCCAGUAUGCUCGGAGCUUCUACGACCUGGUGUUGUAUGGUUUGGCGAGUCACUCCCGUUGGAUGUGAUAACCAAGAUUGAUAACUUUAUAGAGGAGGAUGGUCCCGUAGAUUUAAUUUUAGUAAUUGGAACUAGUGGGACUGUGUACCCAGCAAAUAGUUAUGUCGAAAGAGUCAAGUACCAAGGGGGUAAAGUUGCCAUUUUCAACACAGAUAUCGACUCUAGAGUAGAGCAAGGAAAGGUUAAAGAUUCAUGGGGCUUCAAAGGUGAUGCUGCAGAGUUGUUGCCACUUGCAUUGGAACCGUUGAUAGGGAAAGUGUAG